GUGCAACCCAAGAAGUAUUCUGCGACUUUAAUAGACAUGCGGGUUUAUGCUGUUAUGGAACCUGUUCAAAUGAAGGUCACGUGGUUUGACAAUGCCGCAAAGACGAGAGCAAUAUUUUAUCUACACAUUCAACGAAACUCGCGCUUCGGGUCCUCAGAAGAGGACCUGGGGCGGUAGUCGCUGCUUUGGCGCCCUCAUUUGCUCUCUCCUCGCCUUCCGACAGAUUCUUCCUCCUCUGAGCUUACCCGUUCCGGAGGGGUUUGCGUUCGACGACGUUUCAAAACGCCUGGCCGAAUCCGAUUGAUUGAGCCUUGGAGUAGAGUCUGCGACUGUUGCCUUGCUUCCGUGUUGGAGAGAAAAUCACAAAGCUCCUCUGACGUGAGGAUGAGGUUCACCGCGCUUUGAGCACUGAUUGACAACGACCUUUCUUUUGACGGACUACGGAGUAGUGCUCCGACAAAGGGCGGUCGAGGGUAUGAGAUGCAUGAUUUUAGGUACGCCGGACGGGAUGUUGAAACGCGAUGUACUCCGGUGGCUGAAAUUCCAGAGGCAAGAUUGCUCACCGAAAUCUAAGCGUUUUACAUAAAGCCACGGCUACCACGUAUGUACUUUGC